CCGCGAACACUUUUGAUUGUACAAGUACAAAUUUAUUUCACCAUGCACUCCAUCUACCCUGUCUAGACCAAAAAAAAAAAAAUGUACAUUCAAAAGCCUAUCCACGAACGCCCCUGUGCUCCAGAAACACGCUUGCGACCAAGUCCACAUCAUUGCCACCAAGGCUGAGGAAACGGUCCGUAGAGUUCAAGACUCUCAACAUCUGAUCUUUCUCAUCAGCCCGAAGUCUGUCCGAUGCAAUCAAGAUCCACAUACGGCGAGCAUAAUAAAACCCUGGAGAGCCCACUGCAAGCGACCCCGGGCCGUGAUGUUGGAAGCGCGGAUGCGGGGAACGGGACGAUUGAGACAGGUCUCGGUCAGGCACCGCAAUGAUUCCCAUGAGGUGAGAGUGGAUCGUCUGCCUGGCGAUGGCAGUCCUUGAAGAAUGGAGAUGAAACUUAAGUAUUCUUCUUCUAUCCGUAUUUCGAGCACGAAUAACUUCGAACUCCCAAGGCCCCAAUGGGGAUAAGCGCGAAAAUCAAACAGGAUAGCCAAAGCUUACUAUUAGUGGGUGUGGCGUUGUACAGCUCCGACUGGCGCCAGCGGCGAAACAGGGUGUACAUCGCGAUGAGCCAUGUGGGUAUUGUGGCAAUCAGGGUGAUAAAGGAAAGUAUGCCCUCAAUCGACCAAGUCAUUCCUGGGGCCGUUUCCGAGGAUAGUUAUUUGAGUUGAAGGACAAGGAGGUCGAGAGAGGCGAAUUGUUCGGUUCAGAAUGAACGUUUCAAGAGGUAUACUAACUUGAUGUGGCUGGUACGGAGAUAAACAAAAAAACCGACUUGGGCAAAAUUCGACCACAAUUAGCGAGCGAAGAUUCUGGUGUCGAGACAUUCAUUCUCUGACCCAAGCCGAUAUAUGGAAGGAAAGGCGAAAACAUACAAGGCCUCAGGCUGACAACUUGCCAGCGGCACAGCCAACUGACAUGGAGUCUCUCCAAUCACUGGCUUUAUGAUUCUGUUUUUCUGAGAGAGAGGACAUCCUAUGGGCGACGGCGAUGACUGCCCGAGUCCGAGAAAUGAUGACACGAGAGGACCGUGCAGGCUUCCGUUUCUGCUCUGUCGGCCUUGGGAUUAUGCAAGCUCCCACCCAAACUGGUCUAGAUCCAGUCCGUCGGCCUUUCACGACUCCGCAAGACAGCUUCUUCUUGUUGUGCUCCACCACCGUCACCUGCUCACUUCCUCCUUUCGCCUAGUACCGGGCAAACUUUCGCCCCUUGAACCAAUAUUCCCCGCCAUUGUUCUUAGCCUUAUACCCAUCUUCCACAGCCUUCCAUGUCCUCUUGCGCUCAUUGGUCUCUACACAAUGGGCUGGUCGAUCGAAAGUAUACUUGCCCUCCUCACUCUCGCCAUCACCAUCCCAACCUCGAUCAUCGGCACCUGCGCCAUUUUUAACUGGUGGCGGCAUCGGCGCUUCUCCAAAUUAACGGGAUCGUCAGGGCAAUCAACCGCCGACCGUGGGUUGGUGGGUCUUGGCGAUCUGGAACUGGUUCCCGUUUCUGAGCCAGGCCCGCUCAGAAGAUUCCCUCGACAACUACAUCGAACGGCCAGUGCUUCGCUCGAAGAGGGUGUGACGUCGGUCUCGUAUUAUUACAUACAUUACUAUGGAAGAAUUCAAGUUGGCCGACCGGCGCCUCAGCCUUGGCGGUGGUAAUGGACACCGACUCGUUGCGCUGCGAUAUCAUAUUAAGGUGCAUCUAUGAAGGUGGAAUGCAAAAAUGUUGUAUCUGGAAGCUACCAUUUAUGAAAUAUUCUUUUGAGCUCUAUAGUGAAGAUAAAAUAGAUUGCUUUUAAUUUCGUCGUCUGAGAGGAGGUCUGCCUGGCAUUCAGGUUGUCCACACUGAAGGCAUCGUCAGUGGGCUCAUAUUGUUACUAGCACGGCUUGGUAUGUACCAUCCAAUGACUUGGGACGUACUGUGGGCUUUGCUUCAGCGUCUCGGGGAGUUGUGCCUGCGCUAAUAGCCGAGCGAAUGGCAGGUCAGACUCUAGAGUCUCAAAGUACUGCAGGUGGUAGACGGUAGAACAUGAUGCAGCCUCUGAGAUAUUAUUCACGUCUUUUGCC